AUGGACAGCCCCAUCAAGAGGAUCCUCCUGGAUUACGUAUUUUGGGAGAGUGGAAUCGGAGCAUGGUACUUCCAAGAGUUAGGCCUACCUUCCCACCCCAGACCGCAGGCCUACCUUCCCACCCCAGACCGCAGGCCUACCUUCCCACCCCAGACCGCAGGCCUACCUUCCCACCCCAGACCGCAGGCCUACCUUCCCACGCCAGACCGCAGGCCUACCUUCCCACGCCAGACCGCAGGCCUACCUUCCCACGCCAGACCGCAGGCCUACCUUCCCACGCCAGACCGCAGGCCUACCUUCCCACGCCAGACCGCAGGCCUACCUUCCCACGCCAGACCGCAGGCCUACCUUCCCACGCCAGACCGCAGGCCUACCAUCCCACGCCAGACCGCAGGCCUACCUUCCCACCCCAGACCGCAGGCCUACCACCCACCCCAGGCCUACCUUCCCACCCCAGACUGCAGGCCUACCUUCCCACCCCAGGCCUACCACCCACUCCAGGCCUACCACCCACCCCAGACCGCAGGCCUACCCUCCCACCCCAGGCCUACCUUCCCACCCCAGGCCGCAGGCCUACCUUCCCACCCCAGGCCUACCUUCCCACCCCAGGCCGCAGGCCUACCUUCCCACCCCCGCAGGCCUACCAUCCCACCCAGACCGCAGGCCUACCUUCCCACCCCAGACCGCAGGCCUACCAUCCCACCCCAGGCCUACCUUCCCACCCCAGACCGCAGGCCUACCUUCCCACCCCAGACCUCCAGGCCUACCACCCACCCCAGGCCGCACCUUCCCACCCCAGACCGCAGGCCUACCUUCCCACCCCAGGCCUACCUUCACCCACCCCAGGCCUACCUUCCCACCCACCCCAGACCGCAGGCCUACCUUCCCACCCCAGACCGCAGGCCUACCUUCCCACCCCAGACCGCAGGCCUACCUUCCCACCCCAGGCCUAGGCCUUCCCACCUUCCCACCCCAGACCGCAGGCCUACCUUCCCACCCCAGGACCUACCUUCCCACCUUCCCACCCCAGACCGCAGGCCUACCACCCACCUUCCCAGACCCCAGGCCUACCUUCCCACCCCAGACCGCAGGCCUACCUUCCCACCCCAGACCGCAGGCCUACCUUCCCACCCCAGACCGCAGGCCUACCUUCCCACCCCAGACCGCAGGCCUACCUUCCCACCCCAGACCGCAGGCCUACCUUCCCACCCCAGACCGCAGGCCUACCUUCCCACGCCAGACCGCAGGCCUACCUUCCCACCCCAGACCGCAGGACUACCUUCCCACCCCAGACCGCAGGCCUACCUUCCCACCCCAGACCGCAGGCCUACCUUCCCACCCCAGGCCUACCUUCCCACGCCAGACCGCAGGCCUACCUUCCCACCCCAGACCGCAGGCCUACCCUCCCACCCCAGACCGCAGGCCUACCUUCCCACGCCAGACCGCAGGCAGCUUUAA